AGGCUGCAUAAAAGGCUGGGGGCGGGCGGAGCGGGAAGGCGGCCAGGCCCAGGUCUGCAGUUCAGCCAAGCAGGCACACAGGCCGGACCUGGAGAAGUGUCCCCAAGCCUGGCCCGGGGCUCUCCUGCCUUCCACACCAUGGGGCCCAGCCUCCGCCGCUGGCUCUGCCUGGUGCCCUUAGUCUUGGGGCUCUGGUCUGGAGGUGUGAGCGCAACUCCACUGCUCGCAGCCCGGCCCUUGAGCCCCUGUUCCCUGGAGGGGAUAGAGAUCAAAGGCGGCUCCUUCCAGCUUCUCCAACAGGGCCAGGCCCUGGAGUAUGUGUGUCCCUCGGGGUUCUACCCCUACCCUGUGCAGACCCGAACCUGCAGGUCCACGGGGUCCUGGAGCACCCUGAAGACUCGAGACCAAAAGGUCGUCAGGAAGGCAGAGUGCAGAGCGAUCCGCUGCCCAAGACCCCAGGAAUUUGAGAACGGGGACUACUGGCCCCGGUCUCUCUACUACAAUGUGAGUGACGAGAUCUCCUUCCACUGCUAUGACGGUUAUACUCUCCGGGGCUCCGCCAAUCGCACCUGCCAGGUGAACGGCCGGUGGGAUGGACAAACGGCCAUCUGCGACGACGGAGCGGCGUACUGCCCCAACCCUGGCAUCCCCAUUGGCACGAGGAAGAUGGGCAGCCAGUACCGCCUUGAGGACACUGUCACCUACUCCUGCAGCAGGGGGCUCACGCUGCGCGGCUCCCACCAGCGAAGAUGCCAGGAAGGCGGCUCCUGGAGCGGGACAGAACCUUCCUGCCAAGACUCCUUCAUGUACGACACCCCUCAGGAGGUGGCCGAGGCCUUCCUGUCCUCCCUGACAGAGACCAUAGAGGGAGUGGAUGCCGAGGAUGGGCACAGCCCAGGGGAACAACAGAAGCGGAAGAUCGUCCUGGAUCCCGCGGGCUCCAUGAACAUCUACCUGGUGCUGGACGGCUCGGACAGCAUCGGAGCCAGCAACUUCACAGGCGCCAAGAGGUGCCUGGCCAGCCUCAUCGAGAAGGUGGCGAGUUACGGGGUGAGGCCUAGAUACGGUCUGGUGACGUACGCCACAGAGCCCAAAGUCUUGGUCCGAGUGUCCGAGAAAAAGAGCAGCGACGCAGACUGGGUCACGGACCAGCUCAACCGGAUCAGCUACGCAGACCACAAGCUGAAGAGCGGCACUAACACCAAGAGGGCCCUCCAGGCCGUGUACAGCAUGAUGAGCUGGGAAGGGGACGACCCUCCCGAAGGCUGGAACCGCACCCGCCACGUCAUCAUCCUCAUGACCGACGGCUUGUACAACAUGGGCGGCGACCCAGUCACGGUCAUUCAUGACAUCCGGAACUUGCUGGACAUCGGCAGGGAUCGCAAGAACCCCAGGGAGGAUUAUCUGGACGUGUACGUGUUUGGGGUCGGGCCCCUGGUGGACCAAGUGAACAUCAACGCUCUGGCUUCCAAGAAGGACAACGAGCAACACGUGUUCAAAGUGAAGGACAUGGAAAACCUGGAGGACGUGUUCUUCCAGAUGAUCGAUGAGAGCCAGUCUCUGGGGCUCUGCGGCAUGGUGUGGGAGCACAGGAAGGGCACCGACUACCACAGGAACCCGUGGCAGGCCAAGAUCUCGGUCACCAGGCCUCAGAAGGGCCACGAGAACUGCAUGGGGGCCGUGGUGUCCGAGUACUUCGUGCUGACGGCGGCUCACUGCUUCACCGUGGAGGACCAGAAGCACUCCAUCAAGGUCAAUGUGGGAGGGAAGAGGCAGGACCUGGAGAUAGAAGAAGUCCUGUUUCAUCCCAAGUACAACAUCAACGGGAAAAAGGACCGAGGGAUUCUGGAAUUUUAUGACUAUGACGUGGCUUUGGUCAAGCUUAAGAAGAAGCUGUUAUUCAGCCAGACCCUCAGGCCUGUGUGUCUCCCCUGCACCAAGGGAACAACUCGAGCUCUGCGGCUUCCGCAGACGGCCACUUGCCAGCAGCACAAGGAAGAGCUGCUCCCUGCAAAGGACAUCAAAGCUCUGUUUGUCUCUGAGGAGCAGAAGAAGCUGACCCGGAAGGAGGUCUACAUCAAGAACGGAGAGAAGAAAGGCGGCUGUGAGAGGGACGCCCGGCACGCUGCGGGCUACGACAAAGUCAAGGACAUCUCUGAGGUGGUCACGCCCAGGUUUCUGUGCACGGGUGGAGUGGACCCCUACGCCGACCCUAAUACCUGCAGAGGGGAUUCUGGCGGCCCUCUGAUCAUUCACAAGAGGAGCCGCUUCAUCCAAGUUGGCGUGAUCAGCUGGGGAGUAGUGGAUGUCUGCCAUGACCGGAAACGGCGACAGCAGGUACCCGUUUACGCCCGGGACUUUCACCUCAAUCUCUUCCAAGUGCUGCCCUGGCUCAAGGAGAAACUCAAAGAUGAGAAUCUGGACUUCCUAUGAGGUGUUUCCUGCUGGAAGGGGGCACGGGCUCGAAUUAAAACAGCUGCGAUAAUCA